UCUUCCCCAAGAUCAGAUAUGCCUGUUAUUGGACGUAAUGACGCACCCCUUGAUCAACCUACCCUACCUACGCUUCUGUCCACAUCUGACCAACAACUCAAAGAUCAGGAGUCUAGGCUGUCUACAGGAAGAGUACAUUCACUACCCAGCCUCAGUUAUGUGCAAAAAGUUGAUGCUUGGAACACAAACCAGAGAUCCAGCAGGUCAUUCUACAACAAUUUGUCUCUGCAAGGAUUUAAUUUUGUACCUCAGAGAAAAGAACAGGAAUCUGUGUCUGUGACAGUAAAACAACAAAGUCAACAACCUCCCAAAAAUUCAUUUCCAGUAUUUAAUGCCAAUAAUAGCACUCCAACUGUUCAGACAGGCAGUGGUGUACCAUCAUGUGCAGAUGUUGAAGAGGGAGGAUUUGCUGUAAGAUCCACCUCACCGUCACCAUUUACUCACUCCCAUUCUCAUUCGUCGCUUGGAACAGUCCUCAUCCCCGCCCAGCAGGAUAAAUUGCAGCUAAACCAAAAUCAGCUUCCACUUGAUGUCAUCUCUCCAGGCAUUAACUCUACUGCAGCUGAAUUGUCGCUGUCCUUGAGUGGAACAAGUGACCACAGGCCAGUUGGUGACUCAGGAACUGGUGGUGCAAAGACUGCUUUGCGCAGUGAGGAUCAGUACAGUGACAUGAACUUAAAUACCAAUAGGAGCAACAGGGUUUCUUGUUUUCCAGAUAGAUUUCAUGGUGAGCAGAGUUUUCAGGCGUCUCUAGGUGCCUCUUCUGUUGUAAGUCUUGAAGUGGACAAUUAUGCACCUUAUUGGACUUCCAGACCUGGGUCCCCGCCACAUCCCCCUGAGUUUAACAUAGAAGACCGAAUCCCAAUCUACCUUCAAAAUUUGGGAAUUAGUCAAUCACCUUCAAAAAUCUUAAAUCCCUUUACACACCAUGGACCAAUUAGAGAGCCUGAAUUUUCACCUACUGAUUUGUGCACCAUUAAAGGCUCAGUAGAAACACCCACCAAGAGCAUACAACCAUUUGAUGCUGAUAGUCUUCAGAAGGACACAUUCUCAAGUUCCAGUGUGCUUUCUGCUAAUUCCAGUGCCUCUUUAACACAGCUAUGUGUUCAGACGUCCAUUCAGCAGGCAACCAGACCAGCCAGUUCAGGCAGUUCAAGAAUGAUUGGCAGUCUUCCUGAGCCUCACACUCCAUUACACAGUGUUCCUCAAGGAGCUAAUAAUUCUCAUCGAGAGGGCAGUUAUGGCCUGCCAGCUGAGGAGAACAAUGAGUCUGCAGCUGCUCCUGUGACCUGGGAGCGUGUUAAAGAAGGGGAAUCAUCUCUAGUGGGAUCUGGAACACUGCAGGAGAUCAGGCGUUUGCUUGGUCAUGCAGAAAGCCUUGUUUCUGGUCACUUGUCAAAGACCUCUUCCCAUGGCUCACACUAUUAUUCAGAGAAUGACGCCUCCUUUUUGUCCCUAAGGCAGGACACAAAAGGAUAUCAUGAUGACUCGUAUUUGUCAGUUAAUGGAAAAAUUUCUUUGGUACUUGCUCGCUCUUCCUCAGACUCUGCCCUGAAGGAGAGCUUCUCUUCUUCGUCUGGACCUCUAGAGCUCUCUGCAAAAUCUGAUCACAUAAACAAUGGGCCCUCAACACCCUUUCAGGCCAGGGAGGAAAAUCCAAAGUCACGUGACUUCCGUGUGGCUCCAAGGAGAGCAGAGCCUGAGGGAUGCAGUGCAGCAGACCCAGAUAGGGUAGGCCCUAUGAGCCUAUCAAUUACACAGGGGAAUGCUUCCUCAAAAUUUGAUGGCCAGCAGCAAAGCCAGGACAAUACAGUAAAUUCUGUCAUCAGUUCAUCUGAGCAAAGUCCCAGCCACAGUCAAGCAGAGGCAGAAGCUGUUGUUGAUGCCAGCAGUGAGCAUUCACUGGCUUCUAGGGUUGCUAAGCUUCUGAACAGCGAGUCGUCUGUCUCUGUGGUUACCAGCCAGUCAAGUACUGCUGAUCCUGUUGAGAACCAAGCUAGAGAGUGGAUCAUGAUGAAGGUCUCUGGUGGAAAAUGUGAAACUUUAGAACUGAAUGCAGAAGACAGGAGAAGAAUAGAGGAGAUAAAAAGAGAACUACUGCUAUCCACUAAACACACCAAGUCGAGCUCAGAUUCAGAAAGCAGUACGCAGUCUAGUGUUGGCACUGUCCCCCAGCCUGCUGUAGGGUUUGCAGCUAUGCGCAGUGCAGAAGCGCAUCUCUCUGAGCAGCUGCAGAGAGUCAGUCGGCUUCCACUCGACUCCAGUGUUCCACUGCACACACCCCUGGAUGACAGAAGAAGUCAGUUUGCCAUCAAAGAAGGGGGUGGUAAAACUCAACACACACCUACUCUUCAGUCAGCAAGCCAAUGUCUUCAUACACACAACAGCCAUGCUUCCCAGAAUGACCUUGCAAUCGGAAGCAACUCGUAUUCAACCCUGAGGUCAUCUGAGGAGUGGAAACCAAUAUCUCAAAUGACAAGUAAAGCAACAAAGAAUAAAGGGGGCAUGGGGACAGUUGGAAAGGUAAAAGAAUUGAGAGACGAAGAUGAACAUCCAGAAACUAAGGAAAAUGGCCUGUUACCAACUACUGAAGCAGCUCACACUAUCAUCCAAGGAAAACAAGAGUUCACCCAAAGCUUGGAGUCAAGUUCAACCAUUGGUCAAAAACCUCACUUGUUAAAUAGCCAUAUCACACCUUUAGUGAAAUCGCAACCCACCAUCCAGAGACCUUACACACCUGCCAGUGAUUCCUGCACUUUUCCUGAGCUGCAAAGUGGAUCAAACCCACAUCAUUUAGACAAUCUGAGAGACGUCCCACUCCCAGUCUCCAGCACCAGUGAAGUACAGCAAGCUUCAGUGUCCAGUGGGACAAGCUUAAAUAAAGCAAGAAAUACAGACCAGGGUCAGAGCACAGCAAUGGUUCAUGAACAUUCACAGGUGACCUCAAGAUACCCACCAGCUUUUACUCCUCCUAGAAGACUUGAUGGUCCAAGUAGACCUUUAUUAGCUAAUGCAGCUGCUGUUCCAACGUUAUUGCCAUAUAAACCUCACGGCAGUUCAGAGCUCUUCUACAUGCCAAAGACUGUCCCUGAGGUCUCCCCUAAUCACUCUGAUACCACAGUGGAGAGCUCCCAUGCAGGAUCUGAUGACGCUGUGCCCCCUCAAUUUACCCCAGAGGUUUUGGGAUCUAGAGAGCUUGUGGAUAACAACGUAACACCAAAACAUAAGGAGGGCAUUUACAGCAAGAGGACCAAAAUGAAAAUAGAAUCCACUUUGUCUGGAAAAGGCUUUCAUGACCAAAGAGGCAAUACUAUUCCUCCCUAUUACCCUCCUGCUUUUAGGAAAUCUGUUGUUGUCCCUGAGAAUGAACAAAUGUCUGAGCAAAUUGAAGUGAGAGAAUCAUUUAUCCCUCUGCGCAUGGAGGCUGACUACAGCACUACUGAACUACAUCCUAACAACAGGGUACAAAAGCAUAAUAUGGGUACAGAAACUCAGAGGAUGGAUCAGGACAUGAAGGGACAAGAUCUUGGUGCAGAGAUUGUCAGCUCUCUGGAUCAGUUGUGGCGUCGCUUCAAUGAGCGAUGCAGCCUUCCGGAGACUCAAUCCUCUAAUGACGUAGAACUGUCACUGCUGGAGAGACUGGAACGCCUGUCCCGCCUUUUACACAGCUCCUCGCCACAACAGACACCUGAAGAGGCACACAGUAGUGAGGAGAAGGGCAAGAGUGGGAGGAGGGAACAGGAGCCAAGGAGAACACAAGGAAAAGACACAACCAGAAAGAGAAAAGAGAAAAAGAUUGAAAAUGAAGUGAAAGGUGUUCCAAAAACUGCAUGGGAACAGGAGUCCUUAAGUAUCAACCGGGCUUUAGUGGAGAAGAAGCAGCAAGAAAAUGACUGUUGUUGUCCCGCAGAGAGGGACGGGUCUGCUACUGUUUCUGUGAACACAAGCAGCAGCCAGUCUACUAUCGACACACAGCGGUUGAUCAGAGCUUUUGGACCGCAUCGAGUUAGCAGUGGGAAAGACAGUGUAGCUCUAAAUCAGACUCGACAUCCCAAUGAUGGCUUGAUGAAACUUUAUAGCACUAUUAAAAAGCAGAAGAGAGGACAUAAUAAAGGUGGCUCUGAAAAUCACCUUGUUUCUGUUUCCACAGAAACAAGCAACAUUGAUGACUCCUUGGCCUCAGACACUUUAUCGUCCUCAAGUCCUUAUAACCUACCCUUCAAAAGAGGCAAUGGACGUACAACUAAUUCUAAAAGGGCAAAGGUCAAACUUGUCAGCAGAAGCAUACAAACAGGUGAUUUGGAGAUUGUGGUCAAUGGCACUCGCCGAAACACGCGGGAUGUUGGCACUACCUUUCCUUCUCCAGGUAGUGCCAGAACCACUAAGGCAUCUUCAGCAGCCUGCAGUGAGGUGAAAUCUCAACCAGCGCUAAAGAGACAGGCACUCACUAAACAAACCCGCUAUCCAAGUGGUUUGUCAUGGUUUGUUUCUGCUGAUGAACUGAAAUGGGAUGCGCGUAAGGAGAAUAAGCCGCAAACAGAUGCAGGGCGGUCUGAAGGCCAGGCCUGGUAUGAGCCCUACACCAGGACGCAGCCAUGGAGAGAGCCGCUCAGAGAACGACACAUUCAAGUGGAAAGAGAGAAGCACCCUGAGCAAAAAACACAUUCAGAGAAUGACUGUGACAGCAAACCCUCUGCACUGGUCCGCAUGUCUCUGCAGGAGGCGCUAGAGUUGCAUCGACCAGAGUUUGUCUCUCGUUCUCGGGAGCGGAUGAAAAGGAUGUGCCUGUUGACGGAGGAAAGAAGGAUGCAAGCUGUCUUUAGGAAAGAAAGAGAGGAGCUUUUUAAUCGUGCUGCAGUCAUGCCCCAGCCAAAAGCAGCGCCAGCUCCUCCACCUCUUCCCUCCAAGCGUGUUAUUCCCAUAAGUGAAAUGAUUCAGAGGUCCAAGCGAAUUUAUGCUCAACUCCCAGAGGUUCAGAAAAGGAAAGAGGAAGAACGGAGGAAAGCUGAGUACAACUCUUACCGCCUAAAUGCUCAGCUAUUUAACAAGAAAAUUACCAACCGUGUGCUGGGAAGAAGAGUGCCUUGGCAGUAGUUUGAAGAAAUAUCAACCCAAACUGUCUGUUCUACGUGUAGUGUCUGUGUUGUUUUUGGUGUAAUCACUUGUGAUGUAGGUAACUAAAUUAUUUAUUUUGUAUAAAUUUAAUUUUCUUAAUAUUUUAAUAAUGUUUUACAUAUAUAUUAAAUGAACUUUUAGUGGUACAUAGUACCAUGUUUUUUAAAAAAGGUUUUAUCAGUGUUUUCUUUUAAAUAAAGAAGACU